CCGCCUUUCCCGGAAAUUGGUGGUUUCCCUAAACAAGAAAACUUUAUGAGGCAUGUUCGCAGCUUAGGUUUAAUGUGUUUCCACCGUGAGAGACAAUGAGGACAGCUUUAAGACACGUGUUCACUUCCUUCUGCUUGUGCUUAGCUGUAGCUGCAUGUGGUGUUUUCGACAGUGUUUUGGUGGACGUGACGUACGAUCACUAUGCAGAGAGGAGAGUGGAGCGGCUGCCCGCAUUCUUGGCGAUGCCUUUGAACUCUCUGGUCAACCUGGGAUAUAUAAUUAUGGGCAUGUACUGGCUUCUUCGGCGUACGACUCGCGAAGAAAGCGGAAAAUCCGCUUACAUUAAAGACGUGUUCGCUCUGAUGGCCAUAGCGUACGGCCCCAUGCAGUGGGUCCGCCUGGCCACCCUGAAUCGGCUGGCCGCUGUUUUGGACCAGUGGGUCACGCUGCCCAUCUUCGCCUGGGUUUCCGUGUGGUGCCGCUUCAUCACGCACGGAUGGCGUGGGCGCUACACGCUGACUGUGGUGUUAUGCUCUCUGGCCAGUUAUGCUCUGGCGCUGCUUCACGAUCAUGGCUUCGAGGCAGCGCUCGCCUGUCAUGUCGCUCUGGCCGCCGUCCGAGGGUUUGAGCUCCAGCGGAUGCACGGAGACACCGCGUCCCUGCGGUACCUGAUCCUGGCUCUGCUGUCUUGCUGCGGCUUCGUUGUGCUCAAGCUUUUGGAUCUGCCCCUUUCGCGCUUUCUGGCGUUUCGGUAUUUUACCGGACACUUCUGGUCCAAGGUGUGUGACAUUUUGCAGUUCCACUACAGCUUCUGUUUCCUCACACGCCUGACGCGAAUUGCACAGAAAACGGACGACCAAAGGGACUGAAAAUUCCCUGCCGGCGUCCGUACAAAUGAGUUUCUGGCAUGGACUGGCUCAUUGUUCGCUUCUUCGUUCUAACGUAAAAAAAAAUAAAAAUAUAUACAUUUGAUACAUGG